AUGGAGUAUGGCAUGUUUGAUAAUUCAGAGUGUAGCAGUGGGUGUGAGUCUGGGUGGACUGUGUAUUUGGAGAAUUCCAUUAUGCCUCCUUACAGUUCUUAUAACAAUGGCACCAAAUUUCUUCAAGGGAAAGCUCGAGUAAAUGGAAAAGAAGACGAAGAAGAAGAGGAAGAAGAGGACUUAUCUAUGGUUUCUGAUGCUUCUUCUGGACCUCCACAAGUCUUGGCUGAAGAAGACUAUCAUGGCUGGUGUUUCCACGCCCCCGUUGGGGCCGUUGGUUCUGCAUUGCCCAAGAAAAGCAAUGUGAAGAGGCAGAGAAAGAAAGAAAAUAGGCUUCAGAACCUCAAGGAAAAGGCUUCGAUUCUUGAUGAUACAGCCAGCUCUCCCAUCUUCACUAAUAACAACUUCACCAUCAACAACCAGACCAAACUGGAGAGUGUAGUACCGGAUUUUUCUCAGGGCUUCUCCACAACUCAAUUUCAGGGGCAAUCUGCAUAUCAGGAGCACUGUGAAUUCUUCCAGUCAUCUCUACUUCCUGCAAACCAGUUCCAACAGAAUCAGUGGUUUGAAGGGAGGAGGUGGGGAUGAAAGGAAACAAUCUUUUUGCUCUGCAGCUUAGUCAAAGUUCAGAGAGGGAGGGAGGGAGGGAGGAAAAUUUGGCAAAGCAAAAGGAAUUGGAUCUGAGAAAAGAGAUGUUGUUCCUCUUCAUUUCCUUUCUUUUUCUUUUCUUUAUCUUUUAGCUGUCAAUGCACUGGGAACACAACCCGAAAAGAAGACUAGGAAUGAAGCUCUGUCAUGUUU